CGUCAGGCGACAAGCCGCUCUACGCUCGCUCCCCCAGCAUGAGAUGGGCCUUUCCAGCCCUGCUCAGCGCAGUCUUGGCACGCUCGACAAUGUUGCCGCUCGAGCACAGUCAAGAUGGGCAUUUCAGCCAGCUCAAGCUCAUCGGACGACCCCUCGCAGCGCCUCGUCCUCUCGUGCUUGAGCGGGCCAUCCACGGCUCGACGGACUGUACCACGAUACUGUAUACCGACAGAGACAUAUUGGCAGCGCUUGCAUGCCAUGACGGUCAGGUCGCAUGGCGUCACCGCCUCUCUACGGGCGCUAAAGUGAUGGCGCUGCAAGCAAAGGACGAUUAUCUCCUCGUGACGAGCUCGAAGAGUAUAGCACUCUAUGAGCUGCAAUCUGGCAAGCUGGUCUGGGAACGCAGUAGCACUGCGCCGAGUGCUGUGGCUGGAUUCGUUCAACACGAGCAAUCUCUAUGCGUCGUUGGACGAGUAGACGACGGGCUGUUCGCAUGGCAAGCAGAUACCGGCGCGCAGCUAUGGAGCACAAGCAUAGAGUCAGCCUUCUCCGUCUCGGUUGAUCCACGCUCAUCAGAUUCGAGCAGCUCGAAUGAGGACUUUCACUCUCUCGCGCAGAGUCGGUAUGACCAAGCACUCUUGCUUUCUCGGCAAGGCAAGCAUACGAAAGCCUAUACUGUAGCGCUGCACGACGGUUCGCUCAGCGAGAUUGAUGCGGGCAAGAUCAGUGCUGUACAGUCUGACAAAAGCCUUCUGGUCGGCUACGCAGACGGAUCAGCCUGGCUCGUCUGGCUCGACCCUUCAGACAAGCUUUGGUCUGCACAAGUCGUAGACGACAAGCUGAGCAAGCCCGUCAAGAUCGAAGCGAGCAUAGGUUCGCAAGCCAAGCUCGAGGCAUACGGACCAGAGUGGAUCCUCGUCAGAGCAGCUCUGCCAGCCGUGCUCCAUCUGUCGCGACAGGGUGUGCGGCUCGUGCAUCAAUCCUCAGCGCCAUCUUCAGACGAAACACUCAUUGGAACGACAGCUUACGCUGCAUCCUCCGCAUUGCUUUUGACCACAGUCUAUGCAAAUGGUUAUCAAGUCGAACGAUCCGAAGUCGUCCGCCUGACGCAAACGGGCAAGCCACAGAUCAAUUCGUACGAGAUGGCAUACAAUGCCAAAGAACAGGGACCGGUCUUGGACGUCAUCGGUCUACCUCAGACAGAAUCGAUCACAGUGGCUGCAUCGGGUGCAAUACAAAAGUGGCAAAGAGGCCUCAUUCAUGUCUGGAAGAGAGAAGAAGGUCUUUCGGCUAUCGGUCCUCUCUCAAGCGGCCUGACUCAUUUCGAGCCCAUCCUCACUGCUCCGACUGCUCUAGCAGCGGCCGUCCAAUCUGAGAAUGCUGCUCAGAGAAUUGCUAGGCAGUUCAAACUGCUCCUCGGCCUGUUCGGUUCGAACAAAGGCCAAUCUUCUCCCGUAUCAUCGGGUAAGGAGCAGCUCGUCCCGCGGGGAACCAUCUACGCAGCUUCACGAUAUGGCAACACGUUUACAUUGCGAGCGUACGAUGGGUAUCUGAAGCUCGUCAGCCAGAGGCGCGCAGAAACAGCAGAAAGCAAGAGUGAGGUCUACUGGACUGGUGCAAAAGUUAGUCAAGUUGAGGGACCGACCUCAAAGACGCUCGCUUUCUCUGGCCGGUCUGCCGAUAACAAGAAGAUUCUUGAUACAGUCGAUGGGAAGCAGACUGACGGAAUCGAUCCCGACCAGCUGGUCGUGUCUGCUACAGCAGUGGAAGCGUUGGGCCCGAGGGCGUGGCGAUUUCAUCUCCCGCAGGGCUACAGAACCAUCACGAGCGCUUCUGCUCGUCUGAGCGCUGUCGCCAAUCUCGGCAAGGUCAUGACUGAUCGCAGCUCAGUCUACAAGUAUCUCGCCUCGGAGCUCGUAGCCAUCGCCUCUUACAGCACUGAAACUUCGACACUGCUCGUUCAGAUCAUCGAUGCGGAUACAGGCGCCCUCGCUUGGUCAGCAUAUCACGGAAAUACGCGAUCGAGCGGGAUCACGCUUGCACUCUCCGAGAAUUGGCUGGUGUAUAGCUACCAACCUGAAGAAGCGGCUUCGGCCUCUCGACUGGCUUCCGUCGAGCUCUUCAGCUAUACGCAUCCCAGCACGAUCGAUACGCUCGACUCUGUAGCAAAGACAUUUGCUGUUCCCUUCGGGAUCGCAUCGAUGAGCAUUACGCAAAGUCGAUUAGGCAUCACGAACAAGAAUGUCGUUGCUGCUACCGAUACAGGUAGAGUGUAUUCCAUCGCAGCACGACUGCUCGAUCCUCGCAGGCCACUCGUACCUACCAAAGCAGACAAAGAGGCGAUGCUGAUACCGUACGAUUCCCUGCUGAAUCCGGAUCCCAUGUCUAUCGUCUCGCAAUCGCUCAGAGCGUUGGGCAUUGCUAGGAUACAAAGUGUUCCAACGAGAUUAGAGUCGACGGUCAUCUUCCUUGCGACCGGUCUUGAUCUCUGCAUCGGAUCUGUCAGUCCGUCUGGCAAGUUUGAUAUACUCAGUCCCGACUUCAACAAGGUCCAGCUCGUCUUGACCAGCUUAGGUCUACUAGGCGGUAUCGGCUUUGCACGACCUACUUUGAAGCAAAGGACACUGAGAGCGAGAUGGUACACCACAUAG